AUGUGCCGUAUAAACUACAUCACUUACGCCUGUCUUGAGUACUGCGACACGGGAACACAAACUAAGCGGGAACACUGCGAUAUCUUCCUCGCCAUGAAAGAACCGAAGGAUAACAAAUGUAGCGACAAGAACGGCGGAAAAUCUACAUUUCAACUUUUGCAACUCAAACAGCGAUGCCGCGCCUGCGUUUCAAAGGCAGUGGCUGCGAAAGUGGCAGAGAGGAAGGAAAGAGAGGAGAGAGAGAAGGAUGCGGAGAGAAGAGGAGAAAGGGGAGAGGUUUUGAGACAGCUAAGGUUGGAGGAGGAUGAGGAUCAAGGAUUGACACCGAAAGUUAGUCAGAAUCCAUUUGCUGGUGCUGGUGUUUCUUCUGUGGAGGGUACUCCGAAGUUGCUGGUCGAGAGUCAGGGUGACUUGGGUCUUGGUAUUUAUUUCUGA